CUAGAUUUGGGCCUUUUCCCACGCACGAUAAGGGAUGAGAAUCGGCUUCGCCUGAAUGAGAAAAGUUAGAGAGAGAGAGAGAGAGAGAGAGAGAGAGAGAUUGGGAUGAAGAUACAGUGCAACGCUUGUGAGGUUGCGGAGGCGAAGGUCCUAUGCUGCGCCGAUGAGGCCGCGCUGUGUUGGGAAUGCGAUGAGAAGGUACAUGCGGCCAACAAGCUCGCAGGGAAGCAUCAGAGAGUUCUGCUUCUCUCUGCUUCCUCCUCAAAUCCCUCAUAUAGGGUUCCCAAAUGCGAUAUUUGUCAGGUUUGACCUUGCUUCUCUGGCUCAAACGACUGCAUCCGAUCCGAUAAGUUGGUCAUCUAGUUUUCUUUUGGAAGGUUCUGCUUAUUUCUUCUGCCUGGAAGACCGAGCAAUUCUUUGUCGAAACUGCGAUUUUUCCGUCCACACAGCAAAUCCAUGUGUUUCAAUCCACCAGAGAUUCCUUCUCACCGGAGUUCAAGUUGGUCUCGAAUCCACCGCAUCAGCUCCAUCGAUCUCAAAGGACCAAUCCAGUUCUGCUAAAGUCCCUCUCGAACCAUCCUCCAAUCACCCCAAAUCAAGCCUACUUGCUACAUCCCAUUCUGAAGAGCUUAAUGAAGUUUAUUCAACUGAAAUCACUAAAGAUGGAAGAAUCGGGCCCCUCGCAACAUUUUUCGGAGGAGCCCCAAUGGCUGCAAGUAUAACCGAAUGGCCCCUGGACGAGUUCUUUAGAUUCACGGAUUUCAACCAAAACUACGAAUUUACAGAUAAUGGCUCAUCUAAGGCGGACAGUGGGAAGCUUGGAAGUUCAGAUGGGUCGCCGAUGAACCAUUCGUUCGAUGAGGAGAUGGAGGCGGAGGAGUGUUUGGGUCUGGUGCCUGAAAUACCGUCUCCGCCAACUUCGUCGGGACUCAACUGGCCGCGGAGCUCUCGAUAUCUUUCGUCGGAUAAUGCGGCUUUCGUACCUGAUAUUUCUUCUCUGCAGAAUCCAUACCAAGCGAGAAUGACUCUUUCGAAACGGCGAAGAUCGUGUAAUGGCUGAUCUUGUUACCAUGUGAGGUUUGUGGUUCUUCUUCCUACCUUAAUAGGUUAUCUGAAAGUUUGUUUCUGUUCAACAUUAUUACUGUGGGAGAUGAUGAGGUUGGAAAAGUUGAUGUUCAUAGGGCUAACUGAACUCAGAGUUUGAAGGCUUGAGUUAAUAUUGUUGUUUUAUUGUU